AACUGCACACUCAACACACACUCCAACUGCCACCUCACUGGCGGGUGAUUGCCCGCGCCAACUGAGUUGCCGGCUUGUGUUCCUGGUUUGUUUGUUAACAAACAGACGGACGGACCGUCAUGGCUUGUUUUGCGUGAGCGCGACGCCAUUUUUUCCUCACCCGCGCUGCCUGCCCGUCGCCCGCGUCUCGUUCGUUUGCGCAUCACCGCUCGCUCGCUCGCUCUUUCUCGCGCUCAAUCAAGCUCGAGCACGCCAACACCGCCAACACUGCCAACACCGCCGCCUGCUGCAACGAUGCCCGCCACCCGCUCGUCCAACCGCCCCAAGAAGGCCAAGGUUGAGGAGACCUUCACCUAUGGCAAGUACCUCGAGCUCAAGGAGGACGGCAAGGACCAGGCCAAGUUCUGGGAGAUCAAGCAAAACGGCACGACCACCUACGUCCGCUAUGGCAAGGAGGGCAAGCAGGGCACGCGCCAGACGAAGGAGCACGACUCCGAGGUGACGGCCAAGAAAUUUGCCCUGAAGAGCAUCCGCGACAAGAAGAAGAAAGGGUACGCCGUGACCAAGGACCUGGUGACGGGCGCGACGGGCGCCGACGCCGACGACAUCCCCGCAGCGCCUGCAAAGGAGCCAAAGGCACAGAAGAAGCAGCCUGCUGCCAAGAAGGCCAACGGACGCAAGCCAAAACAGCAGAAGAAGACGAGCGAGGAGGACAAGGUGGCGUCGGAGGAAGAAGGCAGCCCCGCGACGGAGGAUGGCACGUCUGACACCGAGCCUGCAGCUGCCGUUGUUGACGGUGACGCGGCCGCCAAGUCCGACGAGGCAGCAACAGAUGACGACGGCGCUGUCGAUGGCGAUGCUGAUGGCACCGCCGAGACCGGCGAGAAGCACUACUAUGAGCUGACUGAUGACAAGAGCAGCAAGUUCUGGGAGGUGCGCCUUGAUGCCAAGACGGUGUAUGUGCGCUAUGGCAAGGUUGGAAAGAGCGGCACCAAGAACUCAAAGACCCACGACUCCGCCGAAGCCGCGCGCAAGGCCAUGGAGAAGCUCAUCAAGGAGAAGACUAAGAAGGGCUAUGAGGAGAAGGCCUGAGGCAAGUCAGGGCACACACGCGUGUUGCACACGCCCCGACUGCCCAUCGGACACUGUCGUCCAACCCUUCCUCCUUCCCCUCUUCUUCUUCUUCUUCUUCUUCUUCUUCUUC